AGCCCCGCCCCCUUUCUCUUCAUUCGCCAGCGAGACUGGAGAGCUGCGUUGUGAUUGGCCGGCGGCCCUAGAGCGCGCGCAGGUCUCUGCUUAAAGUGUGGGUCUUGUUCUGGAAGUGAAGGCUUCGGCCAUGGCAAGCAAAACCACCGCUGUCCGUACAGGAUCUGUAAAUGUCCCUUAUGGGCAUAUAAUUGGCAGUGAGAAAUGGAAAGGCUCACAGAUUGCCCAGGGCAUUCAAGGGAAGGUUAAGCUCAUUUUGGAAGAUGGCUUGGGAGUUGUGGACUUCCAUCUUUCAAACAGAUCCUGUGUCCUCUAUAUUUCUGAAGCAGACCUUGUAGCAGGGAAUGGCUUCAAAAGAAGACUUGCUUGUUUUAGAAAUGCUUUCAAUCUUCAAGGAAUUGUUAUAGUUGAAAAAACUCCAAUAAGUGAUCAGUACUUCCCAGCAGUGCAGAAAUUUGUCGUCCUAGAACUCGGAAUGACAUUACUACCAGUAGCCAACCAGGGAGAAGCAGCACAACUUAUUAUCCAACUACUGUGUGAACAAAUGAAAGAUAGAUCCAGCAACCUUUUCCUUACGAAGAAACCUCCCAAGCUCUUAGAGGCAUCUGUGUUCCAAACAGUUCAGCAGAUUCCAGGAGUUGGAAAAACAAAAGCUCUGCUUCUUCUGCAACAUUUUGGAAACCUCCAUCUGCUCUGUAAUGCAUCUGUUCCAGAGCUUGAAGGGGUAGUUGGUCAGUCUCUAGCUCAACAAAUCCAUGCCUUCUUCACACAAACAAAGUAAUCUCAUUUUAUUGGCAUCAGAGACAAGCAUCUUGGAAAGGGUACCACCCAGAUGAUUUCUUAAUUGAUUCCUUUUCCAAACAUAAUUGGAUUUCUUACAAAACACCUGCGGAGGAUCUCCAGUUACAGCUGAUGAGCAAAAUAAGCUCUGCCUUUUUCACUGUGUCUAUAUUCGUUCUGUGCAGACUUGACAUUGAUUUGAAACUGGAUUUACUACCAUUGGGGAAAACUACGUGGUAGUCCUUUCAUGGAUAAUACUGAAAAAUAAUUGUUGCACAUCUCUAAAGAGAAUUGGUUAUAGCAUCCAUCCCCUGAAAAAGAACCCCAUAAUUCGUCAUCAUUUGCCAUACUGGCUGAGACUUCUGGGAGCAUGCCUAAAGCAUCUAAAGGGACAAUGUUUCCUUAUUUCUGUAUUAAAGUCAUUGGCCAAAUGACCAUUCUCUCCAAUAGAUGCAAGUGAAUUGUGGAUAAGUGUAGUUACAAUUUCUUUGGAUAACUUGACUGAUUCACCAUAUGAUGACUCCUGCUUUCAUUUAGUUUUGAUCAGAUUUGCCUGAAUGAAUCAAUUCUCUGAAAUGGCCUCUUGAAACCGAAAGCAUGAAUCAUUUUUUUUUUUCAGAGCUGGGGAGCAAAUCCUUACCCAUUGCUCUCACAUCAACUUUUCUUAUUCAUUGCUGCCUGAUCCAUACAGCCAGCCUUUAGCUUUAUGUAAAUCGUAUUGUUUCAGGUGAUGUACAAGAAAACCUGCUGUUUGAGUAGAACCUGCAAAGCAUAGUCUCACAGGAUGCCCUGAGAGCUGCCCAACCAACAUGCGUAGGAGGAGUAUUGGCAUGUAUGAUUCAGACUUCCUUGCUUGCCAGAAGCAUUCUGUAUGACUUCCAGCACAGUCAUGCAUUUUUGGAGUUCAAAGGUUAUAACCUGACCUUCUCAGGUAAGAAACAUACUGUACACACUUUACGGGGAAGUGAAAGUGAUACAUCAGCCUUCUUUGCAUUUUACUACAUGGAAGAAUUAUGAUGAAAGUUGGGCUGACCAUCAGAAAAGUUUUCAUAGAACUGCAGUCUAAAAAUUGGUGCAUGUCACUGUUUUGUGGUCCUUUGGAAUAAAAUAACCUGGAAAGGCCUCAGAUUCUGAUGUGAAUAAAAUUGUUCAUCAUUUAACACCUUUGGAUGCACUUCAUUUAAGUGAAAGCCUCAACACAUUUGUGCCCAUUCAUCUAAUAUACUCUCCCUUUGUGUGUCCCCUAAAACUGAGUGUUAGUUCAAAACCCUCAUGGCAAAACCCUUUAUUGUCUUAUGAAGUUAUGUAAU